UGACACCAGGCUCUGCCUUGCUUCAGUGUACUGGGAUUUAUUUGCCCACCUCUUGCUUACCAGAUGGACAUUGGUGCCCAGCAGAUCACACCCAGCUUUUAACAAGCCCAGAAACACCACGGAGACAAUGAGAGUUCGUCUCAAAGGGGAUGCCAUCUGUACCCUCUUCCUGCUGGUAGCUCUCUGCUCUGUACUCUACUCCCAGCUGGAACAUUUAGUCCCAGCAGGAAACAAGGAGCCAAGGCAGAAGAAGCUUUCAGUAACACCAAAAAUACUCUCUGACCCCAGAGCACCUUGGAGAUCGAUGCCAGCAGAGGCAAUGGUACCCAGGCCCCAAGUAACUCCUCGUGUCAGACAGCCAGAAGUGGCCAACAAGGUCCAAACCACAACUCCACCCCUGGUGACCGACUCUGCUUUCAACUUCAAGAGCUAUCUCCUAAACAAGGAUAAAAGGAACUUCCAUCUCCUCAUUAACCAGCCCAAGAAAUGCAGGAAAACACCCAGAGGUCCCUUUCUGCUCAUUGCUAUCAAAUCAGUAGUUGAAGACUUUGACAGACGUGAGAUUGUCCGGAAAACUUGGGGCAGGGAGGGGCUGGUGAAUGGGGAGCAGAUCCAGCGAGUGUUCCUCCUGGGAACACCAAAGAACAGGACAGUGCUGGCAACAUGGGAGACCCUGAUCCACCAGGAGAGUCAGACAUACCAUGACAUUUUACUCUGGGACUUCAUGGACACUUUCUUCAACCUGACCCUGAAGGAGAUCCACUUCCUGAGCUGGGCUGCCGAAUUCUGCCACAACGUGAAGUUCAUCUUUAAAGGUGACGCCGACGUUUUUGUCAACGUCGAGAACAUUGUUGACUUCCUUGAGAGACAUGACCCCACUGAAGACCUCUUUGUUGGGGACAUCAUCUACAACGCCCGCCCCAUCCGUGCCCGGAAGAGCAAAUACUACAUCCCAGAGACCAUGUAUGGGCUAAGCAUCUAUCCAGCCUAUGCAGGAGGAGGAGGGUUUUUGCUGUCCAGCUGCACCAUGAGGAAGCUCUCCAGGGCUUGCAGAGAGGUGGAACUCUUCCCCAUUGAUGAUGUCUUUUUGGGUAUGUGCUUACAGAGAAUCAACCUCAAACCCAUUCUGCAUGAAGGAUUCAAGACCUUUGGCAUUGUCAAGCCUUCUGCUGCCCCACACCUGCAGACCUUUGAUCCCUGCUUUUACAAAGAUCUCAUGGUAGUUCACAGUCUGAAAGUGGCUGAGAUCUGGCUCAUGUGGAACCUGCUCCACAGCCCACGUCUUUCCUGUACUCAGAAGAAGCAAGUGAAGAAGCCUUUCCAAUGGAAAAAUAAAGCUCAAGGAACAACUCAGGCCUCACCCCACAGCAGAAACACCCAACAAACCAGCUAAGAAAGGGAACCUGGAACCAAAUGAACCACCUUUAGAAGUAGACUAUUUUAGCACAUCUUACUUACAACAUGAAGACAACAAACUACUGCAGGAGUUUGCCAAAAUUCCACAUUUGCACACACAUGCCAUGUAGGUCCUUCUCCAUUAAUGAGUCCAAAUAUCCAUAACAGUAUAUCUAAUUUAUUAUUAUUUAUUAGAAUUACAGUAGUGCUUAGUGGGCCAGUGUGUAAAAGCAGAUUGCAAGGAGAUUUUUCAGCCUUGUUAGCAAGUGUGAGAAAUGAAAGCCAGAGGGUAAGAGAUGAUGCCAAGGAGCACAAGGAUUGUUGUCAACUUGACUCAGAUUCAUUGAGAAUUGACCAAACUACAGUAAACAAAGAAAAAUCAAGUCACCUUAGUGUAUGUUCAAAUCAAACCCCUGCUGCCUGCUUGGCUCUCUGUAGGUCUCACAAGGGAGAAGAGAACAACUAAGAGCUAUUGAAAUGGGGUCCUAUGUGUUGCAGAUAGGAUGGACAAGAAGUUGGUUGAGCAAAGGACAGGUAGACAAAUGGGAAGGGCAGAUUUCCAAAGGGAAAGUACAAGAAGAACUUUGAGUUGAUCCCUCCGAGUCUUGAUUUGUCAUUAUUUAUAGCAACCCCUCAGCUCAAAUAUGUUCCACUGAUACACUCAGGGGACCAGUUUUGGGCACUUUCAUGAACUCAGGCUCUCCACACUAUGCCAACUGGUACUCAGUGAAAAUCCCAAAUCUUCCAACAAUAUCUAAUCUCCCUCCCCAUCUAACGCAGAUCUUCAGAAGGUUGGCAUCUGGAGACAUCCUUUGGCCUUCACUUGUGAGGGCAAAAGCACACAGAGCUGCUUUUUUUGGGAGCUUCCACAAGCCAAAGGAAAACUUGUCAAUGGACUGGGCUGGUUUCUGCAGCCCUUGAUGCUCUUGCCUGGCACACAGUCAGCUGCAAAGAGCAGCCAAGACUUGUCCUACUGCUGUGGGUGCCACGUGAAGGGAGAAAGUAUCUUCAGACAAAAGGGCUUCAGAAGAAAAGCCUUUACUCAAUUUAUUGCAAGACAGCAAAACCACACAGCAAUCUUUCUGCUGGGCUUUCCAAUUUUCAGCCUGUAGCUUUUUAAGUAUUUUAAGCAUCAGACAAGAACACUGGAUUGCUUAGUUUUUCAAAGAACAGUCAACACUUUGAAGCAUUUUCUUUUUUUUCCAGCAGCACCAUCUUCUCCUUGGACAUCAAAUGGUAAUAUUUUCCCUCCUCAACAAAACUCCUACCCAUCAAAGAACCCCAAUGCCAUUCCUCCUCAGGAGGGCAUGUACACACAGCUUCAAAAGAAACUACAAUCACCCAUAAGUGUCCAGAAGUUGCUUUCCCUUCAGCAGAGCCUGCAGCACAGCUGCAUUUCACAUCUGGCUAUAACUUUCCUCCCACCCAGCAGCAGCCUGGGCUCAGCACUCCUAUUAACUACCCAUGACAUGGAGCAAACCAAGCUGGUAGUAUCUAUUGGUAGACUGUUAACAAGUCUUACAUGUUACCUUCAUCAUCAGAGUUUAAGCCUUUCAAUAAUGUAUUUCCAAGGAAAGCUCAGCUGCACAGAAUUCAGAAGUCCCUGUGUUGACUUGGGAUAUUUUCAGGGUGCAAUCCUGAAACACAAAAUGCUUGUGUCAGCUUUACAAGGAGCUCUGGGGGGUGUGGAAAUAAGCCAGGGCCCUGUUGGUGGGAGCAAACUAGUCCUGCCCCUGUCUGCUAACCUGUGGGAUAGGGAUGUAUUUAUGAGCUUGUCCAGAAAUGUAUUACCUGGGAUUAGUUCACACUGUGGGAAAUUAUU